GUCAGAACAGUACGUCAUAGCAGAGACGUCACCCCGCCAGUAUUCUUUUCCAAUUGGCCACUUUCGGUCAUGUGACCAAAACAGAAUCAUGGCGGCCUCCGCUGCAGUCCGCUCGAGCAUGGGGCUGACUUUGAGACUUUCUCGAGUUAUACCAGACUGUAGCACAUGUCCCCUCUACAGGUUAAAGAGCUGUGUGAGCAGCGUUGGUAACUUACAAAGGAGGGGUUCCUUUAACAGCUUCCGGACCAUAAAUCGACACUUGCAGACGAGUAUAGGUCUGUACCACAGUGAAGAGGGGAGCUCCAAUGCAGACGACCCGGAGGAUGUGGUUAAUGUGGUGUACAUAGAUCGGUCUGGCCAGAGGAUCCCAGUUAAGGCCAAAGUGGGAGAUAACGUCAUGUAUCUGGCUCACAGGCAUGGAAUUGAAUUGGAAGGAGCCUGCGAGGCAUCACUGGCCUGCUCAACUUGUCACGUCUAUGUGAAUGCUCCCCAUUUUGACAAACUGCCAGAACCGGAUGAGAGGGAGGAUGACAUGCUGGACAUGGCCCCCAUGCUUCAGGAGAACUCCCGGCUAGGAUGCCAGAUCAUUCUCAGUCAUGAGCUUGAGGGCAUAGAGCUCACGUUGCCCAAAGUCACCAGGAACUUCUAUGUGGACGGCCAUGUUCCCACACCUCACUGAGAAGAGCAGAUGAUUAGAGUUGGAAAAAAAUGAGAGGGUGGUGCUGCAAGCGCCACACCAUGUGGGCUGGUUGAGUGAGGGGGCAACCAUGAAGAGAUGCACGGCUAGGAUAGUAAAGUCCGUUGCAACUCCCAAGACCUCUUGCGGACUGACAAAUUCCACAGUUGACUAAUGACAGGACAGGCCUGCAGAUGACAUCAGGCACUAUAGUCAGAUGCUACGAGUCUCACUGAAGGGGAAAUUAAUGGUUACUUCAAAAAAACUGAUCGUUUAACUGACUAUAUAUUUAUUUGUAGUGUGUUCUCUGGCCAGUAUCGAGCCACAAUUCAAACACUUGACCAUUUCAGAGACAUUUAAUUUUUACAAAGUUCAUGCCGUUUAAUGGAACAUUCCUUGUUACAGCUCAUAUACGCACAAGUAUGACAAGAUGUUUUAGUCAUUUCGUCACUGUUUCACUUGUCAGAUAUUGUAUGCAUAGUAUUUCAUUUUUAUGUACCAAGUUCAUUUGUAGAUGUUUUGAUGGCUUAUCAAUAAUCAGCUACUAACUAUAGUCAGCCUGAAGUCAUAAAACUCAAAUCUUUUCUUCUGCAUGGUACACUGAAGCCAGACACAGAAGAGGAAACCAUAUAUUAUAAUGAAGUGUAUUUGAAAGACAACAAUUACCUGAAGCUUAGAGGAUGUGCUCUCAACAAAGUAAAUCAGAAUUUAGACUGUUUAAACAUUUUAUGCACUUUAAUUGCAAAACAUUCAGACAAAUUGUGUUUCAGGUGUCAGAUGGAAAAUGCAUUUUUAAGCACUUCUCUGGUGUCAGUGAUUAAAGCUUGAUUAGUUAAUCUGGUUCAGGUGUGCUUUGAUUUAGAUUUAGAGCAGCAUGAAGGUGGAGACAAGAUUUGAAGCUGGUGGGCUUCAGGUUACUAUAGAAUGAGUUUGCCACUUCUACCCUUUACUUAAGCCUACUGUACUUGUCCUUACGCACAAAUGUAAGUCAACUGUGUAUAUCAUGUCUUGGAAAUUACAUAUUUAAAGGUGUGCAAUAAAAUGCGUUGUCCUUCAUUACCAAUCCACCUUAAACAGACUACUAUAACUCAAAGUAGACAAAAAUGAACUUCCCAUUGUUUAACUAUUUUUGAAAUAACCAAAGCUAGUUCAUUGCAUUAAUAGUAGGCUGCCAUUGUUGGUAAAAUCUCAACCUUUACCCAACACAUAUCUGAACAGGCAUUUAUGUUGUCGCAAAAGUGCUUUGCCUGCAGUGAGGGAAACUAGAACUCGAGUGGGCAACAUUUUUACCCAGCAGGUGUAAUCUAGCAAACCAAAAACACCCGCGUAACUAGUCCUUUGGACCAAAACAAAACCCAGUCAUAGCAACCAGCUCCAGCGGUUUGUGUUCCCAGUAAAUUCACACACUUCAUCAUGUAGUGAAUGAUCGAUUUGGAGAUCUAAGACAAUUCCUCAACAUGAGCACAAGACCAAGGACGCAAGCUGCCUUCAUCCAGGGAAACCAGAGCGCAAUUGAACAUGAUGCCUCCCACUCAGCACUCUUCUACCUUUUCCAAGAAGUUUCCAAGCUAGCAUCCCCCAUCCACAACAGUUUCCUGGACCUAAAUUCACCCUCUAUGUGGCUACAUGAUACUUCUAGGCAAGGUCCUUUUAUAGUUAAAAAAGAGGAAGAGGAUGCACAUCUGUUUCAAAUCUCUAAAAGUUCCUGCCAGCACAGUUUGUCUCGUAUGUCGCCUUAUAAUCAGAUGAAGAAAGUGAAGGAGGAAAGUCACAGCAGCAAGGUCACAACUUUAGUUGAGCCACAUCCGAAAUGCGACAGCCCCUGGAAAGUACUGAGUCUGAUCAAUCUGCAGUGUGAAAGGCUCCUGCAUAAAAAAGAUGCGGAGGAGUCAGACCUUGGUUCAGUACCAUCUACCACAAAAGUAGGCCGUUCAAUAGACACAUCGUCGACUUCAACAGCAGAUGUAACAGAUCAGGGAGUCAGAUGUAUUGAAUGCACUUUGAGACCAUCUCUUCUUAUCUACGGGAGGCAAGAAAUCCCACAGUGCUGUGUGAGAGACUCCAGGGUGGGCUGUUGUGUUCAGUCACAGACUGCUGGAAAAGCAAACACUUUUUCAGUGUUCAGUGAUAACAGAUUAUUUGAGUCGAACCAGACGAAAGAUUGUUUCUCGUCUGAAAAGGAUAUUUUGCAUGUACCCUUCUCUGACAAUGUUUUGUCACAAACACACAUCACCUAUGCAUCCCUAAAUCCCAAGCUGAAUUUUAAUUCAAAUGAAGAUACAAGUGUCACUCUAUCAAAGCCAGCACUAACACUAGACCACAAUGCAAACCUUGCUUUGUCUACAGAGCCACUGUGUGACACCCGGCUUCCCCCACAGAGCUACCUUCUGCCUUCUUCACAAUCGGCUUUAUUUUUAUUUCGCACCACAGAGAAGUGUCAGUCACUUGCAAAACAAAAUGACAAAAUCACUGCAUCUAAACUAGAACGUACACAUGCUAACAUAGAGGGAACAAACCCCUCACCUUCUGCAACCUCAAAACCAGAACACAGGCCAGUGCAAAAGGAGGAAAUUGCUGAUCCAUCUACCCAGCAGUGGAGAAGGAAGACUCCUAGAAAACAACCUCAUCCCAGGCGAAGUGCUAAUAUCCAAGACCCAGACUUCCAGGGAGUGACGUUCAGGAUGGACACGGAGCUGGACGACAGCAGGGAACAAUGUCGGCUCCUCAUAACUUCUAAGUACAGUCUCUGCUGCAGCAAGGAGCUCCGCAAGAGUGUGAAAAAACCGAGGCUGAGGACACGGACGUCCCACAAAUCCCUUAAAACUAGCAGCUCUGAUGAGGAGAGUUACUCUACAACCAGUGUUUCCAAGGGUAAAGUCUGUGCAUCAUGUUGCACCAGGAAGACCCCGAUGUGGAGGGAUGCAGAGGACGGGACCCCACUCUGUAAUGCCUGUGGAAUAAGGUAUAAAAAAUACAGAGUGCGCUGUGUCUACUGCUGGCAUAUCCCUAGGAAAGAGGGCAACUCCAACUCAUGCUGCCUCAAGUGUGGAAACUUUGUGAGGCUGACCUCAGCUCAGCGGAAACGCAGCACCUAGGGAACAUACGAAGAGCAAAGGUUUUUAUGUCCACAUGUGACGAAGCUCUACGCACAUUUGCACACAACAGUUCAAGACUCCCGCAGUUCUUAGCCUACUACAAUUCACUACAGAUGGGAACGCAAACAGAGAGGAGCAGCACCAGCUUCAUACAUCUUACUUGACUUAGUAUUUAAAUUAGUUUCACUGCUACAAUGUUGCACAUCAGGAAACCGAGAUGAUUCCCUUUUGGCUCUGUAGCUGCUCUCAAUGUGCUGUAUAAAACAGGAAAUGAACAUCUGAAAACCUUUCUGUACUUCAGUCUUUACUGUACUGAUACUAUUUGUGCCUGCUAACCUGCAUAUAGCAUGUGUGAUAGCACUGAAGGAUUUGCACAGACAGUGUGUUGCAACACUGCAGUAUUAAUGGGAUCCUGAAGGGACUACUAUAAGAAGUGGACACAUUCAGUAGAAGGUUUAGUCAUAAUUGUCAACAUUCUUCAUCUAAAUAACUUCAGUGUUUCUUGCAUAUGUGCCAGAUGGCUGCAGUAGACAAGUUAUUUCUGAACAGGACCAAAAGCUGCAACCUGAACAGCUGUGUUCACAGUCAUUAACUGCAAAAGAAUUUACUCCUCUUGACAUUGACAGCAAGACAGCCUACUAAGUUCAGUAGAUACACAUUUAGUUGCGCAUGUUAAUUAAGUUAUUUAUUGUCUUUAUCAUUGUUUAGAAUUGUGGUCGUUUUUUCUUCUUUUGUUGUUCAUUUGGGUUGUAGCUGUGGCUGUUGUUUUAUUGGUGCACUGAUUUCCUGAGCAUUGCUGUUUUCUGUGAGAAGAAAAUAGAUUUUUGUGUGUGUGUGUGUUGCAUGGGUUUCUUUUGGUCUGUAUUAAAUUCAUUAUGAAACAUCC